GUGCUUGUAGAGGAACCUAAGAGGAACUUAGACACAGGGAGGAUGAGGCUCUGGACCUUGGGCACCAGUAUUUUCCUAAGGCUUUGGGGGAGUUAUGUGUUCCCACGAAGCCCUAGCUGGGUGGACUUCAUCCAACAUUUGGGAGUUUGUUGCUUUGUGGCUUUCCUUUCGGUGAGCCUCUUCUCUGCAGCCUUUUACUGGAUCCUGCCAUCCGUUGCCCUGCUCACUUCUGUCUGGAUGAUCACCUGUGUUUUUCUAUGCUGUUCCAAGCGCGCACGAUGCUUCAUUCUUCUGGCCGUUCUGUCGUGUGGCCUCCGUGAAGGUAGGAACGCUUUGAUUGCGGCUGGCACUGGAGUAGUGAUCUUUGGACAUGUGGAAAAUAUUUUUUAUAACUUCAGAGGUCUCCUAGACAGCAUGACUUGCAACCUAAGGGCAAAGAGCUUUUCAGUACAUUUCCCACUUUUAAAACGGUAUACUGAAGCCAUCCAGUGGAUUUACGGCCUUGCCACUCCACUGAAUCUAUUUGAUGACCUUGUUUCUUGGAACCAGACUCUGGUGGUCUCUCUUUUUAGUCCCAGCCAUGCCCUGGAGGCUCAUAUGAAUGACACUAGAGGAGAAGUUCUGGGAGUCCUGCACCAUAUGGUGGUCACGACGGAGCUGUUGACUUCCGUGGGCCAGACGUUGCUUGCCCUCGCCGGGCUUCUGCUCAUCCUAGUCAGCACUGGCCUCUUCCUGAAGCGAUUCCUGGGCCCUUGUGGCUGGAAGUAUGAGAAUGUCUACAUCACCAGACAAUUUGUUCGGUUUGAUGAAAAGGAGAGGCACCAACAGCGGCCCUGUGUCCUCCCGCUGAAUAAGAAGGAAAGGAAGAAAUAUGUCACCAUCCCAUCUUUGCAGCUGACUCCUAAGGAGAAGAAAGCCCUUGGGCUGUUCUUCCUUCCUGUCCUGACCUAUCUCUACAUGUGGGCGCUAUUUGCUGCUGUGGACUAUCUGCUGUAUCGGCUCAUCUCCUCCAUGAACAAACAGUUCCAAAGCUUGCCAGGGCUGGAAGUUCACUUGAAACUACAUGGAGAGAAGCAAGGAACCCAAGGAGUCGUCCAUGAUUCUGCGUUUAAUAUAUCUAUGUUCGAACCGAGCUGCAUUACUAAACCACGUCUCAGUGUGUCUGAGACUUGGGUUCCUCUCAGUAUUAUUCUCUUAACACUAAUAAUACUAGGAUUGUUGUCUUCUAUGCUGAUGCAGCUUAAAAUUCUCGUGUCAGUCUCCUUCUACCCCAAAGUGGAGAGGGAGAGAAUUGAAUACCUCCAUGCGAAGCUCCUUGAGAAACGAUCAAAGCAGCCAUUGGGAGAGGCUGAUGGGAAACCGAGCCUGUACUUUAAAAAGAUUGACUUCUGGCUUCCAGUCCUGAAAAUGAUUAGGAAGAAGCAGACAAUCCCUGCAAAUGAAGAUGAUCUAUGAGCAACACAGUCCCUCUUUCUGGGUCAACUGCUGUUUCUGUCUACUCAACAAGAGGGGACUAACUGAGAAGGUCUACAGAUGUUUGAGUUUGCAAGGCUGCCUUUCUCUCUGGUGAUCCUUCAAGAUACUUGUCGAUCAUAAUGCCAGAUAGCCCCUAGGUAAAUAGUUUCAGAGUCUCUUCCAAACAAAACACAGUAUCUAGACUGUGUCAUAAUUAAAGCUAUGGUGAUGGCGGGCAUGAAAAUGUCCUCCAAAGGCUUAGAUGUUUGAAAACUUGGUCCCCAGUUAGUGCAACUUGGAGGAGGCUUACAAGGUGUCACGUUGCUGGACAAAGUGUGACCCCAGAGGAGUGUUUUGCAGUUUUAAAAGUCAUGUUCUAUUCCUGUUCACUCUACUCAGCCUGUGGCUGGAGAUGUGGGCUCUCCGCUGUCCCUGCCUCCAUGUCUGUCUGUAAUAGAGUUCCCAACUGUGAUGUUGAUGGAGUCUCUCUGGAACCUUAAACCCAAAUAAACCCUUCCUUCUAUAUGU